AUUUACACAUGCCACUCGUGUUUCUAAAAAUUAAAUUCUAUAAUACAUUUAUAUAUCUACAUCUACCUAGACCUAAACAACAACCUGUUGGUGGACUUGGGUUCCCCUACUUUAGUGUGUGCUUCAUCAUGGUGAAACAAACACAAACGUUGGUUAACUAGGUAGAAUUCAAUCAGGGCAACCUUAUCAGUCGGUAUUUUACUCGUAUUAGUUUAGUAUUAUUCUGUCGAACCGCGUGAAAGCAGGUAUCGCGAUCGUGAGUUCACCUGUAUUUUUCUCGUCGAGUUUAUUGUUUUCUAUUCGGGUGAUUCACGUGUCUAUAUUCCUUCAUCACGAUGAAUUAUCUCAAUUAUUGUUACAUUCGUCGACGGAAUCGUGAUUACGUUAAUUAAUAGGUAUAAUUUUCUCGAUCGAUUGCGCAAUUUUAUUCUCUCAGUUCGUUGUGAUCUUAUUUUCGUGAAGUUGAGUGGACCAAAUUGUAUACAGGGUAAAGAUCCAAUAGGAAAUGAAAAUGGAAGAUCAGAAGAAAGCUUUGCCAUACCCGAAGUCGGUGUUCUUCAUCAUCAGCAAUGAAUUCUGCGAACGUUUUUCUUACUAUGGAAUGAAAACUGUGCUGAGUUUAUAUUUGACCACGACGUUACAUUACAAUGAAAAUGAGGCCACUAUUUUGUACCAUACGUUCGCCAUGUUGUGUUAUUUUUUCCCUCUGUUCGGAGCCAUUAUCGCUGAUUCGUUUUUUGGAAAGUUUAACACUAUAUUUUACCUAUCGAUAGUUUACGCCAUUGGAAACAUUGUGCUGUCUUUCGCAUCUACUGCUUUUCAGACCAUUCCGUAUAAAGAACUCAGUUUAUUGGGCCUGCUGUUAAUUUCGAUCGGUACCGGCGGUAUCAAACCUUGCGUAUCUUCUUUCGGAGGAGACCAAUUCGUGUUACCAGAUCAAUCGUUACAGUUGCAACGCUUCUUCUCCAUUUUUUACUUCUCCAUUAACGCCGGAUCGUUAAUAUCCACAUUUUUUACUCCUAUUUUAAGAAAUAACGUAAAAUGCUUCGGUCAGGACAGCUGUUUUCCUCUAGCUUUUGGUACUCCGGCUAUUUUGAUGAUUGUUUCAGUAGUUAUUUUCGUUUGCGGAAGAAGGCUGUAUGUGAUCAAGAAACCAAAGGAGAACGUUAUUACUAUAUUUUUCAAUUGUAUCGCGCGUGCUUUGAAGAAUAAAUUUUUCCACGGUAGUCAAGUUGAGAAGAAAAGCUACUGGUUGGAGUAUGCCGAUGACCGUUUCAGUCAUCAGCAAAUUAGCGAUAUUAAAGCUGUGUUGAAAGUUUUAUAUCUUUUUAUACCCGUACCUUUCUUUUGGGCUCUUUUCGAUCAACAGGGCUCACGAUGGACAUUUCAAGCAACCAACAUGGACGGUAGACUGUUCGGGUACUAUAUAAAACCCGAUCAAAUGCAAGUCAUGAAUCCGUUACUCAUUUUGUUAUUUAUUCCGAUUUUCGAACUGUACGUUUAUCCGUUGCUGACACGAAUCAGAAUCAAACGACCGUUACAGAAGCUUACCCUUGGCGGUUUCAUGGCUGCUGCAUCUUUCGUCAUAUCUGCUUAUGUGGAACACUAUGUCGAACAAUCCUAUGUGGCGUUGCCGUCGGCCGGACAAGGACACGUGCGCUUAUUCAAUUCGCUAAAUUGUGCGGUGCAUUUGAAUCCACCCAUUAAUAACGUCGAUCGUAUAGAAGCCUUAUCAAUGGCUGAAUUCCUGCAUCUUUCAGCCAACGAAUCCGAGCGCAUUACUUCGAUAUCUGCUGAUCAACCGUGUAAUUUGAAAAGUGCAGAGGUUCACUUUACCGUUUAUGAUGAAAAAACGAAAUCGUAUUUCAUUAACCAAAAAUCGGAUAAAGAAUUGGCUUUGUAUGCGCCUGCAGGGUAUGAUAAUUUGAAGAAAGAUGAAGAUGGAAAUGCGAAGAUAAGGUCUUUUUACAACAGUGAGAAUUUAUCACCCAUUACGUUAACUUUCUCGGCGGGUGAUAAACAAAUCAGCACAGUGAUCAAUCCUAAAUCGUAUUCUGAGUACGUUAGUCUAGAAUCUGAGGUUUACAAUGUACUAGUCAAUGGAACUGUUGUACUCGAGAAUAUUUCAAUAAAUCCUGCAGAAAUUGACGUUUUAUUGCUGAACUACAACGGAACCAAAGUGGUUGGAAAUAUAGUGAAUAUAGUGCCACCUAAUGAAGUUCAUAUGUUAUGGCAGUUACCACAAAUCAUUAUCAUCACAGCUGCUGAAAUAAUGUUCUCAAUUACCGGUCUUGAGUUUUCAUUCACACAAGCUCCAGAAAGCAUGAAAUCUGUCCUAUCGUCAGCAUGGCUGCUGACUGUCGCGUUUGGUAACUUAUUCGUAGUGGUAAUAUCGGAAAUUGAAAUUUUCAAAAGUCAGGUUUACGAAUUUUUAUUGUUUGCUGGAUUAAUGGUGUUAGACAUGUUGUUAUUUGUCUGGUUCAGUUUGAAAUAUCAAUAUACAGAUUAUUCUAAUUCUAAUAAGAAAGACGACGAUCGUGUGACAGCUUCGAUGCCCACCCUAGCAUCUGACUUGAGUUCUUGAGUGCCAGAGUUGCGAAUAUUUGAUUUGUUGUACCUAUUUUACUUUCGUUGUUGUGAUAUUAUUUUUGUUUAUUGUAAUGAAAUGAAAUAUUGUGAUUUAUUUGCUUAUGCAUUUUGUAUAUAAUGUGUUUUAAAAUAUUUUAAAAUAUAUCAUGUUUUUUGUAUCA